AUGCUUAGCCUCGCGCGCCACUUUCAUAAGCUGCUUCCUUCCCAAUAUCAUCCUUACAAGGCUUGGUCUUGUUUCAGUCUAAUCAAACAAAGCCAAAUCCUUGCAGUGAAAGAGCCGUGGUAUAAGAACACAAAGAAAUUCAGUUCCAUUGCAGCCAUGUCGACUCCAGAGCCACUCCCCAACCCCCAGCGUGUCAUCACCGACACCGAUCUCGAGACCGGCAUCUCUCAUUUCAACACGACGCUGGACGAAAGCCUCGCCGUCAGACAGGAUCUCGGAGGUUCCUUGUUCCGUUUAGGAUACAUCACUGACAAGACCCCCAACACGCUCGAUGGCACCGAUCUCACCAACUACACGGAGUACCUGGAGACUGCCAGCGUGCCUCCAGUCACCCUCCCCGACGGCCGUGGUAUGAUCUGGUACAUCGACACCCCUCCCGGCAAAGGCAGUCCUUCCCACCGGACCCUCAGCUUCGACGUCGUCAUUCAGGUCGCAGGCGAGAUCGAAUUGACUCUCGAGUCAGGCGAGAAGCGCAUUCAGAAGCCGGGUGACAUGGUCAUCCAGCGCGCUACCACUCACAGUUGGAGAAACCCCAGCGAAGACAAGUGGGCCCGUAUGGUUGGUGUUAUGUACUCGAGCAACCCUGUGGUUCUCAAUAAUGGCACCGAACUUGGUCCUUCUGGGCUCUAG